GUGAAACCAGAAUUGCAAACAACCAUGCUCCCGCAUCUCCUUGCUCUCACGCUCGGGGCCUUGUCCUUCGUGAACGCAGCUCCUUCUCACCAGGCAGCGCUCGUCUCCUGCAGCGCGAAUGCGCACACUGGCGCCUCUGCCCAGGCUAUGACUGCAUCCGGGACAUACGAAAUCCACAGCAAAGCCCUCGAUGGGGCGGCCGUUCGCGUGUACCUCCCUGGACAGCCGCUCUACGCGAGCCGGUCUACUGAAGACGCUCUGGACUAUAAAUUGUUCGACUUGACGUGGCACGCCAAGAAUAUGAUAUCACUGCGGCAUAUCGGAUUGGAUUCCCCCGUUACAGUGGACAACGAUAACUGGGUCUCAACCGCGCAAUCCAAGGAUGAUUUCGAAAUUUUCGUGCUGGAAUCUGUGUCGGGUCUUCCGGGCUACUUUGUUAUCCAUAGUGCCGUCUCCGCGGACCUCGUCUGGACUCUCAACUCUGCCGACGGUUCCGUCAGUCAGAACAUCAAAGUUGCAGAGCGCGUCUCCGGAUCGCAAGCCCAGCUUUUCACUUUCACACCGGGAAAGUCUUCCGCGCAAGUCAACCUCGAGCAACUCUUCAGCAGUGGCAUCCAUCACAAUUAUAUGAAGACCGAUGGGCGGGUACGACCCGGAGCGUACACUAUUCUUGAUACGAUUUCCCGCGCCCCACUUCGCACCGGCAAAUUCAAUCAACCGAUUUACAGCUCGAGGUCUCAAGGCGGGCAAUACCCUGGGAACGCUGGUCUCUGGGAAAUCGCAUAUGUCGAUGACCCACAGGGUGAUGUAUACACCAUUAGGAACAUCGGGAUGGAUGUGUAUAUGGGGGUCACGCGGUCCAAGAAUAUUGCUCCCACUGAUGGAGCUCCCGGGAAGUUCACCUUUGAACCACGAUUCGAGGGUCGCUUGGACCAGGUGGUUAUUCACAUGGCGGACCGCAGCGGGGUUUGGGGACCCGAUGUCUCGCGGGGCAUAAUGGACACUCCGAUCCAGGUUCAGCCGGAUCGUGGCAUGUACGACCAAUUCCAGACUUUCAUUCUCAAGCCCUUCAACGGAGGUGCAGACUUUUAGCGAGUGCUCUUACCCGAAAUUCGUCUGAGAAGCUUCCUGUUACUGUUAAUCGAAAUAUGUGAUUUGUGAUCGGCCAUCAAGUCUCAAAAUCUUUCGCCAAGAACUGCAUCGCAACUUGCUCGCACAGUACAAUCACUUUACGGCGGUAGAUACUGCCGGCGUGUGCCCAUAUCCAGUGCCCGUCUAGCUCAAUCGGUAGAGCGUGAGACUCUUAAGUUCCUAUAGACGCUGGUAUCUCAAGACUGCGGGUUCGACCCCCGCGUUGGGCUAGGUUGUCGUUUUGCUACAUCAUCCUGGUGACCUGUCAUUCU